AUGGUGCGACAAAUUUCCUUCCGACACUUCUCGGACCAGCUCUACUGCUCGGGCGCGCAGCAGCAGUGGUGCGUCCUGCCUGGCGACGCCGCUCGCGGCGCGAGCGGGUCCCACCCAGGCGAGUGCCUAUGGCACAAGCCAGACUCGACGGCGGUGCUCCACGAGGACAUGCUUGCGUCAAGCAGGCCUCGCUGGACCCGCGACCGGUGGGACCCCGCCGCGGCGGGAGUGAACGUCGACCUGCGCCGCUUCGACCCUGCGGACGCCGCGGCGUGCCUCCGCGGCAAGCACGUUAUGAUCCUGGGCGAAAGCACGACCAGAGACCUGUACGGCGCGUUUGCCGACGUUGCGGGCCUGCGCGCCAACAUUCGCGGCUGCAUGAACUCGGGCGGACGCGCCAAGCCCAUCUGCCACCGAACAGUCGCCUCCGCCGACAACGAGACGCGCGUCUCCUUCCAGUUCCUCUCGAGCAGCAACGCGAGCCGCGAGAUGGAGGUGACGCGGUCUCUGGUCGGCUACGGCGCGCCGGCGGCAGUGUUUGCGUACUGCAUGGCCUACGACUGGCUCAACACCGUGCCACCCUCCGACCAGCCAGAGGCGCGGGCGCCGCCAUCCGACGCGAUGGGGGCGGCGUGCCUGCAAAACAUCGACGCGAACAUCCUCUCGGCGGCGCCCGGUACGCCGCUCUUCCUCCUGGGCCCAACCUACCCGCCCGGCUGGGUGGAGCCAUACGAGAACCGGACGCGGCCGGGUUCGAGAAUGGGCCGCCUCUUCCAGGCCAUCGAGCGGCCCUUCGGCAUCUCGUGCGAACGCAAGCCGGACGGCGACUUCAAGGUCGUGUCGGCGCGCGGCGUGAGAGGGCCCAUCGACAGGUAUAACGUCGUCGGGCAUCGCAAGCGCGACAUGAUCCACCCGUACGACAAUGCGCACACGCCAACCGGCCAUCGCACAGUGACGAUUGUUGCCAUCGGCCACGCGCUCAACGUCCUCGCCCUCCUAAAAUCGCCUGGCGGCUUGUCGUUGGUCAAGCGCAAAGUCAAAAGGCUGGUCUGGAUGGGGGGCACCUACUGGGACCCGCACGUCGAGUGGAACUGGGGCGCGUGCGGUGGCCCAUCGAACGAAAACGCCACCAAGUGCGGCGCGUACAGCAAGCUCUCGCAGCUCACCUCGGACGCUCUCAGCCGCUGGCCGGUGGAGGUGCCUACCGUGUUCGUGAGCUUCGACAUCGGCUUCUGGGUGCGGGUCGGCGGCGUGCUCAAGACCGGAGCUCCCGUAAACAGCCCUUGCCGACAGGCCUUUGUCGACUUUUGCGGCGUCACUGGUGGUAGCGGCGGGAUGCCAGACUGGUGCAACGCGCGCGGUCGCAACGCGUGGGAUCUCAUCGCUGUCUUGAUCGCCGUCCGUGGCACAGGCCCACCCGGCUACCACCGGCUGAUGCCCGGAGGCAACGCCUUUGACGCGGCCACUGGGCUGAACACGUGGAGAGACGAGCCGCACAAGGCGCAGUGGGGGCACUUCCAGCUAUGGGGCGGAGGGGCGGAGGCCGCAGCUGCGGCUGAGUCCGCCAGCGCCACCCGCGGCAUAAAUGGCGUGCAACACAGCCGUUCAGUUGGCGCCGCCGCCCCCGCCCUCGUCGGGGCGGCCAGUGGAGUGGGCCUGGGCGUCUUGGCCAUUCUCCUCAUCCGCCGGUUCUGCACGAUUUAUCGCAAGGGCCACGCGGAGGAGGGGCAGGAGGAGCGAUCGCCGCCGCAACGAUUGAGCUCCAAGACGGGGGGCGAGAGAUUUGUGCGCAAGAUGAGCACGAGCACAAAGGCCCGUGCAGAUUUGCGCGCACGCGAGAGUGGGGGGCUGCUCGCUCCCAACGUCCGGCGAUCCGAUGCCGAUGAGGGUGUCGAAGUGUGUAGCUGA